GUUCGCUGUCCGGUCCUAGGCCAAAUGCAUGUGUUCCAUUAGACUAUCAUAAUGCAAAACCAAACCCCGCCAUUUUCCGCAUCUCAGACAGAAUUCUAUGCAUCCCUCCUCCAAACAAGCCUGAAAACCAACGACCCAUUUACCAUCAAACCAAUCCAUUGCCGCGUAAUAAAGUACGGACUUCACUUAGGCGUGUACUUGAUGAAUAAUCUGAUGAAUGCAUACGCAAAAAAGGGGUUUAUCCGCGAUGCUCACCGAAUAUUUGAUGAAAUGCCUCUGAAAAUUACAUCUUCAUAUAACACACUUUUAUCUGCAUAUGCUAAACAGGGCAUGAUAUGCAAAGCUCGUUGUAUCUUUCGUGAAAUGCCCGAUCCUGAUUCUGUUUCUUGGACAGCGAUGAUUGUGGGAUAUAAUCAAUUAGGUCAUUUUGCGACUGCUGUUUGGAUGUUUUUGGAGAUGAUGAAACAGAAAAUUCUGCCUACCCAAUACACGGUUACUAAUAUUCUCGCGUCUUGUGCUGCCUAUGAAGCUUUGGAUAUAGGCAGGAACGUUCACUCGUUUGUUAUUAAACUUGGCCUCACUGGCUGUGUAUCUGUAGCUAAUUCUUUGGUAAAUAUGUAUGCAAAGUCAGGUGACGUUGAGACCGCAGUUUUUGUUGUUGAUAGAAUUAAAUUAAAGAACGUUUCAACUUGGAAUGCCACAAUAUCAUUGCAUAUGCAAAUGGGUCAAGUAGACCUUGCACUGGCUCAGUUUGAGGAAAUGACUGAACGUGAUAUUAUUUCGUGGAAUUCAAUGAUUGCAGGUUAUAAUCAGCAUGGUUCUGAUGUUGAAGCUCUGAAUAUGUUCUCAAAGAUGCUCAGGGAAUCUCGAUUAAAGCCUGAUAGAUACACUCUGGCUAGUGUGCUGUCUGCUUGUGCAAAUCUUGAGGAGUUAAAAUCAGGGAAGCAAAUACAUGCUCACAUCAUUAGAAGCGAAUUUGAUACUGUGGGGCCAGUAGGGAAUGCAUUGAUCUCCAUGUACUCGAAAGGUGGCUGUAUCAAAAUAGCAGAAAAGAUUUUAGAGCAGUUUGGAACAUCCAUUUUAAACGUUAUAGCAUUUACAGCCUUAUUAGAUAGCUACGUCAAGCUUGGUGAUUUAGAUCCUGCCAGACAGAUUUUUGAUUCAUUAAAGGAUCCUGAUGUAGUUGCAUGGACAGCUAUGGUUGUUGGCUAUGUGCAGAAUGGCCUCAAUGAUGAAGCAAUGACGCUCUUCAGAUCAAUGAUCAAAGAAGGUCCAAGGCCUAAUAGCUAUACUCUGGCAGCUAUGUUGAGUGUCAGUUCAAACUUGGCUUCUUUGAAUCAUGGUAAACAAAUUCAUGCAAUUUCUGUAAAGUUGAGGGAAGCAUCAGCGGUUUCUGUGAGCAAUGCAUUGAUUAAUAUGUAUGCUAAGGCUGGUAAUAUCAAUUGUGCACGGAGGGUAUUCAGCGUAAUACAAAUGAAUAGAGAUGCAAUCUCUUGGACAUCCAUGAUUCUGGCUUUAGCUCAACAUGGGCACGGAGAGGAGGCCUUACAACUCUUUGAGAACAUGCUGGAGAUUGGUAUUAGCCCAGACCAUAUAACUUAUGUUGGUGUUCUUUCUGCCUGCACACAUGUGGGAUUGGUGGCUAAAGGUCGAAGUUACUAUAAAAUGAUGAAAAAUACCCAUGGGAUCGAACCCACCUCUAGCCACUGUGCUUGCAUGAUUGACAUGUUUGGUCGUGCGGGAUUGCUAUGGGAAGCGCAAGAUUUUAUAGAGAACAUGCCAAUUGAACCAGAUGUCAUAGCUUGGGGUUCACUUUUAGCUUCUUGUAAAGUUCACAAAAAUGUGGAGCUAGCGAAAAUUGCUGCCGAAAGAUUGCUUUCAAUUGAACCUGAUAAUAGUGGGGCCUAUUCAGCACUUGCUAAUGUCUAUUCAGCUUGUGGAAAAUGGACUGAAGCCGCUCGGGUUAGAAAGUUGAUGAAGGAUAAGCAGGUGAAGAAAGAACAAGGAAUCAGUUGGGUGCAAAUCAAGACUGAAGUCCAUGUCUUUGGUGCUGAAGAUUUGCUUCACCCACAAAGAGAUGCAGUUUAUCAGAUGAUUGCAAAAAUCUGGGAGGAGAUUAAAAGAAUGGGUUUUGUUCCUGAUACUGCUUCAGUAUUGCAUGAUCUUGAUCAAGAAUUGAAAGAGCAAAUUCUUAAACGACACAGUGAAAAGCUCGCCAUUGCAUUCGCAUUAAUGAAUACCCCAGAUGGAACUACUUUAAGGAUCAUGAAAAACCUCAGAGUUUGUAAUGACUGUCAUUCAGCAAUCAAAUUCAUUGCGAAACUUGUUGAUAGAGAAAUUAUUGUUAGAGAUGCUACACGUUUCCAUCACUUUAAAGGGGGUUCAUGUUCAUGUCUUGAUUAUUGGUAAGUUUGGAAUAAUGUUAUAAAGUAUCCUUGUAUGGAUAGCAGAAUGAUUUGACAGUGGUUGAACGAGAAUUGACAGACUUAAAUGACGUUUGAAGCAUAAAUUUUUGGGAUAGGCAGCAGUAGUUGCUGCAGAUUCCGGUUCAUGCACCAAUUUGGAUGAUAUUCUGAAGGUUUGCACCAGCUGAGGUGGAAGAAUCUGGAAUGGUCAAUGAAGUCGUGGCCCUUCAAGAAUUUUCUUGUUCAAGGUGAAUACUUUUUGAUUCUGUGAUGGUGUAUCUUCACCUGGGCUCAAAGAAGUGGAUGCUUCAAACAUGAGAUGAACUGUAAACGUGUUUCUGCUCAUUUUGAUGUUUCUUGCAGUAAUUGGGUCAUAUUUUUAUAGAAACUUGAAGCAGCUGAAGUAGAAUCUUUUAUGGUAAAUAAUGUUGAUAUUCGUCUUGCCCAAGGAAUUGCUGAAGCACUACAACUUCAAAUCCCAGCAAAUAUUGCAGGGCAUACAGGGACAAUUAUAGCUACCUUAAGGAAAAAAUGUGGGACAGGAUAGGAUCCUCUUUUUUCCCAUUUGUCCAGAGGUCUUAAUGACUCGCAUAUGGCUCUCAUGACAUUUGGAUUUUGCAUUUAGAGCUAUUAGCAGCAAACGGGACAUGCUGCAAGAAUGAUGCUAGUGCAGGGAAAUAAACCUAAACGAAGCAAGGCAAUUGAAUAACAUUAUGCCCUUGAUUUUGGGGAGCUGCAGAUAAUCACUGGUCUCUAUAUGUACAUGGCAAUAUUUUAUAUGCAGCAUUGAAUUGGACUAAAGAGUGUAAUACUAAAAAUUUUAGUUUUUUUUAUUUUUUUUUAAUGUGUCUAGUACUUUACAGUCCACCUCUAUCAAACGCUCAUCAAAUUCUUCAUACCGCCAACUGCCAAAGUGUAACUGUUCAAAUGCAGUAUGGUGUACAUGGUCUUGUUGCCUACAUUCUUCUUAUCACCGAUUGUAGUGGCAUA